UGAGGAAAGAGAGGAGAAAAGUGUGUGUACCGUAAUGAAAAUAAAAAUUAAUAUCAGCUUCUUAACACGUUUUUUUAAAAGCUUUCAAGCACAAAACAACACGGAUUUAUUCUGUCUGCGUUUGCCUCAGCCCUUGACUAGGAAACAAAGGGCAGUCACGUGACUGUUUUUGAUUCAUGAGUCGACGCAAAAUGAGUCAAGUGACUCGUUGCGAUUCAAAUGAUUCGAAUCUCUUGAACUUUGGCACAUUUCCGCGACCUCACUGUAUUCUACAGGUCUCCUGUGCAAUUUUAAGAAAACACCAGAUGUCCAACUCCAGGAAAAAGAUUGAAUUGUUUUACGAUGUGGUUUCGCCGUAUACCUGGCUGGCUUUUGAGGUGCUGUGUCGGUACAGAAAAGUCUGGAACGUCGAACUGAAACUUCGCCCCGCCUAUUUGGGCGGAGUCAUGCUGGGAUCAGGUAACAGCUCACCUGCAUCCGUGCUAAAUAAACGUCGGUACAUGACGAAGGACCUGAACCGACUGGCGGCUUACAUGAACGUCCCUCUGCGUCACCCGUCCGACGUGUUUGAGGUCAUGUUUAAGAAAGGAUCUCUCACCGCGAUGCACUUUAUAACAGCCGUAGCCGAGAAAGAGAAAGACAGCGAUCGCCUGGUGGAGAACGUUUCUAGAGAGCUGUGGAAGCGAAUCUGGAGCACGGAUCAGGACAUCUGUGAGCCAGUGUCUCUCUCUGAGGCAGGACUGAACGCUGGUUUGUCCUCCAUCGAAGUGGAAGAACUACUUAGCUUGGCUCAGUCUCAGCCAAUCAAAGACAAGCUGAUGCAAACUACACAAGAGGCACUCGACUACAAGGCGUUUGGGUUUCCUCUCAUUGUCUGUCACGGCGAUGGAAAACCUCAGGUGUACUUCGGAUCGGACCGAUUCGAGCUCAUUGCUCACUGCAUCGGAGAAAAGUGGCUCGGUCCUCAACCUGACAAGCCAACGUCACAUCUUUAACAACACCCUGUUAUAAGUACUAUUUCAAUAAAGUGUGCAGCUAC